AUGACGCCAACGUUAAAACGCCGGACGGAACGCAUUAGCCUGGCCAAUCGUGAGGACGAGGAAUGGGGAAACGAGAGCGAGGCGAUGCCUGGGGAACCUCGUACGCCGAGCUCUGGGGGAGAGAAGGCGGCGUCCAGCGGAGGCGAUUCGCCCGCCUCUGGGAGCUCGCCCGCCGCCUCUCCGCCGAGAUUACGCCUCAACGCCAGCCUCGCGACGGACCCAGCGCUCGCGCCACAAGCGACGCCCCUAAAACGCGAACCACCUUCCCCGUCCCCGCCGCCGCCGCCGAUUCCGCAAGCGAGGGAGUACCUAGCCCUGACCGCGGCUGCUUUCCCUGCUCUGCUACCGGCGAACACCCCUCCGAUAUACAUCUGCAAGCCGUGCGGUAUCCGAUAUUCCUCACUUAGCACACUCCAAGCGCACCAGGAACACUAUUGUUCACAUAGACGUGCCAAGCCGGCGGACGGCACGGAGACACCUACUGACGCCGCAGCAGACGAAUCUAGCAGCGAGGCGAAGACGCCCCGACCCCCCGGAAAACAAUACGCCUGUACGUAUUGUUCCUACAGCGCUGACAAAAAAGUGAGCCUGAAUCGGCACAUGCGCAUGCACUCGUCGUCACCCGUCAACAGUGGUACGCCAACGCCACAGCCAACGUCCAACGGAGAGGUAACCGACGGCCCACCAGCGCCGGAACGUUACUGUGCCGAUUGUGAUAUUCGAUUCAGCUCUAUCAAAACGUACAGAGCCCACAAAUCCUACUAUUGCAGCACGAGGCAAGUGGUGAAACAAGUCCUGGCCGCGGCGCGGGGAGGUUCGGCGACGUCCGGCUCGGCCCCUCCUUCCCCUGGGGCCACGCCGCCCGCACAGAACCAGUAUGCACUCGCAUUACCAACAAAUCCAAUUCUAAUCGUUCCCUAUUCGCUGCUAAGAAGUGCGAGCACUUUGCCCGGCUCCACUCUGCCCGAUCCCGAAACGCCGUGUUUUCUGUUACCGAAUGGUACUUUUCAACCGCUAAGUAGAGCUCUGCCAAGCAUGAGCACAGACGGAAAAGAGUCCGAGGUCUUGAAAUCGGCAAACAGGCCGCGGGACCCACCGCGAGACGGCGCAACCCCCUUAGAUCUUAGCGUGAGACGCUCCCCUGAGUCGGGACCACCGGAUGAGCAAGAGAAAGAGAAUAGAAUACGAUCUACCACACCAGAGCAAAUCGUGUGUGCGCCAUCUUUACCGGGUUCUCCGGGAACACCCUCUCCUUCGAGACGGUCUUCAUCGCCCAGCGGGGAGAUCUCGCCCAAGCGACGGCGUCGCAACUCCCGUGGCCCGACUCCGAAACCGCCAAGCGUUCCAUCGCCGCCUGAGGACAAAUUCCCCCCGCUAGUUCCACCGGCAAUUCUUCCGCCGGCCCUAACGUUGCGCCUCGCGUCCGAACUACCAGUGACGCCCGCGUCCCCUCAGGUUUUAGUCAAACAGGGAGUUUCCAAGUGCAAGGAGUGCAACAUCGUGUUCUGCAAAUACGAGAACUAUCGAGUCCAUAAACGGAACUACUGUUCGGCCGGCGGCGGCGAUGAGCGUGCUAGCCCCGCGCCACCGGAGCCGGGCCCGCCGCCCCAGUACCGCCAGCUCAUCUGCCUGGCGUGCGGUAUACACUUCAACUCGCUGGACAACUUGACCACUCACCAAUCGUACUACUGCACGAAGCGAGAGACCAGGUCGCCUCGGACCGUGCCAGAAGUGACUAGGCCCGCGUCGGGGCCCGAAGGUGGCUGGAAGUGCCCUUGCUGCGAUGUGGUGUCGCCCACCGCGGUGGCCGCCCAACGCCAUAUGGAGGCUCACGCCGGAGUGAAGGCAUUCCGGUGCACAAUUUGCCGCUACAGGGGAAACACUCUGCGGGGAAUGCGCACACAUAUACGAAUGCACUUCCGGGAGAAGCCAUCCGAUCUGCAGGAGGAGAGCUUCAUAUCGUGCGUGCUCGAGGAGGACAGCCGCGAGGCGACCUCUCCCAGCGCGGCGGCGGGCGGCGAGAGGGUCCACCGCUGCGGCAGCUGCGCCUACACGUCCACGUACCGGGGCAACGUGGUCAGGCACGCGCGCCUCGUCCACGCCACCGAGGAGCCCGAGCCCGAGGAACACACCUCGCCAGUCCCCGCGGUCGACAUAAAGAAGGAGCCCGACGCGGAAGCCGAAGAGACCCCCAACUACUGCAAGUCGUGCGACAUCUCGUUCAAAUACGUCAACACAUACAAGGCGCACAAGCAGUUCUACUGCACCGCGGCCAAUCAGGAGGCGUCGGCCAACAACAACGUUCCCGCGCCUCCGCCCGCCAGAGUCAAUGACACAACCGUACUA